AUGUCUAUCAGGUGGACAUUGAAUCACGUUACAUCGGCCAUCAUCAACUUAGAGAGAAAAUACAACGCUGUACUAAAGAAACGCACACAUAAGUUGAGAGUUCAUCGCAUAAAACUACACCUACAAUACAAGCGAAACGACUCCCAGCUCUCCAACAUAUAUCCUACUACGCGAAAAAACCAACAAGCACCCACACGUCUCGCUGGCGCAGCGGUAGAAUUCAUCAUUCUCGAGAAUGUUGUCCGCCUUUCUACUUAG